UAUUCUUUCACUCCCAUCCGCAUCGAAAUCAAUAUCAAUACAAGAUUGCUGUGCCGCGUUGACCUCGAGUAACCCUUUAUUGUAUGCUCUGCCACUGCCACUGCCGCUGCCACUGCCAUUCCCAUGACCACCACGCGUCUUCCUUGAAGCAUUCAUCGCCAGGCUGAAGCAGAGACAGAGGCAACAGAUGAGCGAGAACCCCCUUCAAUCCUUCACGCAGGCAACACCCCGUGUUCUUGUCUAUCUGUCUAUCUAUCUUUCUUUCUUUCCAUCCAUUAAUAACAUCUGAUUGGGCAUGGCCUUUAAGCCGUCCCCACACUAAAAUACUUCAUUUCAUUUCAUGCACGUCCUCUCCUCGCACCCUCCUACUCUUCCCUCUCUAGAAGGGCCACGUCCCAGCUGCUGCCUCCCCUCUCCCUCUCCCUCGCCAUAAUCAUAAUCAUCGCCAUCAUCAUCUUCUGCUGAAACCAAACAGUCCUGCAGCAGCUGCAAUGGUUGCUGCUGCCAGAGUAAGGGCAGCACUCCUGCCUCAUCUCCUUCUCCUCCUUCCUCUUCUUCCUAAUCUGCUCACCGCGCUCCUCCCCUCCGUGUCAUGCCAGCAACCAGCUGACGCCGCCGCCAUUCUUCAAGUCCUCUUGGAGGUGAGAAGGUCCUUCGUCCGAGACCCCCUCAACGUCCUGCGAGACUGGUCCCUCAACAACUCCAACUUCUGCUCAUGGCGAGGCAUCUCCUGCCGGAGCCAACACCACCUCCCCGUGGCCCUCAACCUCUCCGACUCUGCCCUCGGCGGCUCUAUCUCACCCGCCCUGGCCCUCCUCCCUCACCUGCUCCACCUCGACCUCUCCAACAACCGCCUCUCUGGCCCCAUCCCACCUGCUCUCUCCAACCUCCCCUCCUUGGAAUCUCUGCUCCUCUUCUCCAACCGCCUCUCCGGCCCCAUUCCCCCCCUCCAUCUCCCUCGCCUCCGUUCCCUCCGGAUCGGCGACAAUGGCCUCACCGGCUCCAUCCCCCCUUCCAUUGGCGAUCUCCCGAGUCUGGUCACCCUCGGCCUGGCCUCCUCCCGCCUCACCGGCCGCAUUCCGCCCGAGCUCGGAAGGCUGGGCCAGCUCCAGAGCUUGAUUUUGCAGCAGAAUCAGCUGGAGGGUCCCAUCCCCCCGGAGCUUUCCAACUGUUCCAGCCUCCUUGUCUUCACGUCGGCCCUCAAUCAGCUCAGCGGAUCCAUCCCUCCGGAGCUCGGCCGUCUCACCAAUCUGCGCCUAUUGAAUCUUGCUAACAAUACCCUAUCAGGGGAGAUCCCCACCCAGCUCGGUGCGUUGAGUCAGCUGCAGUAUCUGAACCUCCUCGGCAAUCAGCUCGAGGGUCCCAUACCCAGCUCCCUGGCAAACUUGGCCAACCUUCAAAAUCUCGACUUGUCUGGCAACCGGCUCACUGGAGAAAUCCCUGGAUCGUUGGGGGGUAGCCUGAGCCACCUGGUCUACCUCGUUCUCUCGGACAACAAUCUCUCAGGCGCCGUUCCGGGAGACAUAUGUUCCAACACCACCAGCUUGGAGCACAUGAUGCUGGCACAGAACCGACUCUCUGGCCGCAUUCCACCCCAAAUAGGAAACUGCGGGUCGCUUCAGCAACUCGAUUUGUCCAACAAUACGCUGGAUGGGCUCAUCCCGUUGGAGCUCUAUGGGCUGUCCCAGCUGACGGACCUCUUGCUUAACAACAACACACUAUCUGGUCCUAUUUCUCCCUUGAUAGCAAACCUAACCAACCUGCGGACUCUGGCGCUGUACCAGAACAACUUUCGGGGCAGCCUGCCUAAAGAGAUGGGCAUGCUUGGCAAUCUUCAGAUCCUUUACAUCUACGACAACCAGCUCUCAGGCGAGAUCCCUGCAGAGAUCGGCAAUUGCUCCGGCUUGCAAAUGGUUGAUUUCUUUGGAAACAAGUUCUCUGGCCGUAUCCCAAUCACCCUCGGAGUGCUAGGGCAGUUGAAUUUCCUUCACCUCAGGCAGAACGAUCUUUCUGGCGAGAUUCCAGCCAGUUUGGGCAACUGCCGUCUGCUGGCCAUACUUGAUUUAGCGGACAACCGAUUGGCCGGCAGCAUUCCUGCAACUUUCGGGCAUCUUUGGUCGCUGGAACAGCUUAUGUUGUAUAACAAUUCCCUCCAAGGCAGCCUGCCAGACGUUCUUACCAAUCUUGCUAACUUGACGAGGGUCAAUCUGUCGCAUAACAGACUGAAUGGGAGCAUCACUCCGCUCUGCAGCUCCCGUAAGUUGCUCUCGUUUGAUGCCACCCAUAACUCGUUCGACCGCGACAUUCCUCUUCAAAUCGGCAACUCGCCUGCCCUGGAAAGGUUAAGGCUUGGCAAUAACCAAUUUACAGGGAAAAUCCCUUGGACGCUGGGAUUCCUCCAAUAUCUGUCACUCCUCGAUCUCUCCAGCAACUCUUUAACGGGCAACAUACCAGUUCAGCUGGCUGCAUGCAAGAGAUUGACCCAUCUUGAUCUUGAUCAUAACCUUUUGUCUGGGCGAAUCCCCCGUUGGAUCGGGCAUCUUCCUCUGUUGGGCGAGCUCAAGCUAUCAGCCAACCGCUUCUCUGGGCCUCUUCCUCAGGAAUUGUUCAAUUGCUCAAGCCUACUGAUCCUGUCCCUCAGUGGCAACUCCCUUAGCGGCACCCUUCCCCCGGAUGUCAGUAGGCUUGUGGCUCUCAACGUCCUGGAUCUUGACAGCAAUAGGCUUACUGGUCCAAUCCCGCCUUCCAUUGGGCAAUUGGGAAAGCUCUACUCGUUACGGCUCUCCCGGAACUGCUUCUCGGGACAGAUUCCGCUUGAGAUUAACCAGCUCCAGAACUUGCAAAGCAUUCUUGAUAUCAGCUACAACAACAUCUCCGGUAGCAUCCCAUCGUCCGUUGGCCAACUGUCCAAGCUGGAAGCACUGGAUCUCUCCCACAAUGAACUAGGGGGUGAAAUCCCUCAGCAAAUCACUGAAAUGAGCAGUUUAGGAUUGCUAAACCUCUCCUACAAUCGGCUUCAGGGAAAAUUGGACAAGCUAUUUGCAGCGCGUUGGCCAGCAGCUGCAUUUGAUGGGAAUUCCGAUCUCUGCGGAGCCCCUCUUCAGAGCUGCAAAGGCAUAAAAUCUGCUGGUAAUCAGCGGGCUGGCCUCAGUGAGUCAUUGGUGGUGGUGAUUUCAGCUCUAUCAACCACAUUUGCGAUUAUUAUGCUGUUGCUUGCAGCUGCCACGUUCUUUAAACGCAGGCGAGAAGGCUUGAGGAGGAGCAGUGAAGUGGACUGCGCAUACUCUUCAUCACCAUCAUCUUCUUCUUCUUCUCCAUUCUUCACUUGUUCUUCCCAAGCACAGAGGAGGCUACUGUUUGGCAAUGCAGGCAGGCGCGGGUUCAAGUUGACUGACAUCAUGAAGGCCACAAACAAUCUGAGCGAGGAGUUCAUAAUUGGAACAGGUGGGUCUGGAACUGUCUACAGAGCUGAAUUGUAUAGCGGAGAGACGGUGGCAAUCAAGAGAAUUGUGAGGAAAGAUGCUCUCUUGUUUGACAGAAGCUUUGCGAGAGAGGUAAAAACGCUGGGUAGAAUUAGACACAGGCAUCUGGUCAGACUGUUGGGGUACUGUAGCAACAGAUCUGUGGGGGGUCCCAAUCUGUUGGUAUUCGAGUACAUGGAGAAUGGAAGCGUGUGGGAUUGGUUGCACCGGAGAGGGGGAUCGAAGAACGAGGAGGAGAAGAAGAUCCUGAGCUGGGAGGAGAGAUUGAAGAUAGCUGUGGGAUUGGCCCAGGGGCUGGAGUAUCUUCACCAUGAUUGCGUGCCAAGGAUACUUCACAGGGAUGUCAAGUCCAGCAACAUUCUGUUGGACGCCAACAUGGAGGCACAUCUGGGGGAUUUUGGACUGGCCAAACCCCUCAAGGAGAACCUUGACUCCCUAAAUACCGAGUCCAAUGCGGGGUUUGCGGGCUCCUACGGCUAUAUUGCACCAGAGUAUGCCUACUCCAUGAAGGCGACAGAUAGAAGUGAUGUGUACAGCAUGGGCAUCGUGCUUAUGGAGCUAGUGACAGGGAGGAUGCCCACAGAUGGGAGAUUCAGGGGGGACAUGGACAUGGACAUGGUGAGAUGGGUGGAAUCACAUGUGGAGAUGCAAGCCGAGGAGGAGUUGAUUGAUCCAUUGUUGUUGAGACCACCAUUGCAGCAUAGUAGUAGUAAUGAAGAAGAAAAUGCGGUUGCUAAUUCCAAUGCCAAUGCCAAUGCCAAUGCUGUGGUUCAAGUCCUUGAAAUAGCAUUGCGCUGCACGAAAACUGCGCCAGCGGAGAGGCCAUCCUCCCGCCAGGCAUGCGACCUGUUGGUGCAUCUACUAAAUGAUACUUCUUCUUCUACUGGUCGCAAAACGAAAUGAUUAUGUUGGGCAUAUGCAUUCCACACAAUGAAUGUACUCACAGUUUUUGUUGUUGA